CUCUGCGACCUCUGCGCCCCGCACGCCUUCCCUGGCGUGUCUGGCGUCCCCCGCGGGCCAUGGCGGACGGCGGCGGCGCGGGGGCCGCGGGCGCGGUGGGCGGCGGAGCGGGCCCGGCCUCGGGCGGAGCGGCCCCGGGCGCGGCGGGGGCGGGCGGGAGCGGCGGCCCCAUCAACCCGGCCUCGCUGCCCCCCGGGGACCCCCAGCUCAUCGCCCUGAUUGUAGAGCAGCUCAAGAGUCGGGGUCUGUUUGACAGCUUCCGCCGGGACUGCCUGGCCGACGUGGACACCAAGCCCGCCUACCAGAACCUGAGGCAGAAGGUGGAUAACUUCGUGUCAACGCACCUGGAUAAGCAAGAGUGGAACCCCACCAUGAACAAGAACCAGUUGCGGAACGGCCUGAGGCAGAGCGUGGUCCAGUCAGGGAUGCUGGAGGCCGGGGUAGACAGGAUUAUUUCUCAGGUGGUAGAUCCAAAGCUAAACCACAUCUUCAGACCCCAGAUUGAACGAGCCAUCCAUGAGUUCCUGGCAGCCCAGAAGAAAGAAGCGGUGCCUGCGCCCCCGCCGGAGCCCGAGAGCCAGGACCCCCCGGCCCCGUCCCAGGACGCCUCCUAAGAAUGUGCCUGAUACCUUUUGGAAGCGCUGCUGAAUUGCGGCGAAGGAAUGGAUUCAGCUAUGGAAGGGAACAGCUUCCAAAUGGAGAUGGGCCACGCUCGUCACUGAUACAGGUUUCCGCCUUGUCUGUGGGGCGCCGUCCAGAAGGAACGGGGAGCUGUCUGCCAGUGGGCUGGGAAAUGGACGCCGUGUUCCCCUGCCGCGCUGCCCUUGGCCAGGCCGCCCAGCCACUACGGAGACACAAAGAAACACUACAGUAACUUCGGUUGCCCUGAAACCAACUCUCACACUUGACCAUGGAGACUGUGCCUGAGUCACAGGAUUUGCGCUCCAGGAAAAACAUAAACUGCACUCAGUGAAUGUACUCGGUUCCAAAGACCAUCUCAAAGAGUCCUAAUGGUAAGAAUGAGCUGGGAGCGGGCGUGUGGCAGUGCUUGCUUGGGGUGUCUGUCUCGGAGGCACAGACUAGAGUGUGCAAGCCAGUAGCUCCCAAUAGCUCUAAAGUUACUGUGACUUUAUUGUGCGUGAGCCUUCCAGCCAGCGUCCUUUGCCUCGUGCAAGAUGACACGAGGAAGCUCCGUGAGGAAUCUCCGUCACAGGUGUAGGGAAAACAGCUAUGGCUCUUCCUGCCUGCAAGGGCUCGUCUUACUCCUGUGUCUUUAGAAAACUGAAUGGUCAGUAAGUGGCGUUAAGUUUUGUAAUAAAAGUCAUUUGCUACUUUAA